CACAGUACAGUCACGUAUCCUGCGCAUAAUAGCUGCUGCAGUCAAUUUACACAGAGACUGAUAUAAGAAAUACAAUAAACCACACAAGAGACUCACACAUAUUUGUUUCUCUUCCAUUUUUAACAAUUGAAAGCUUUCAUCAAUGGCAGUUCAUUAGGGUUUUUUCUUUAAUUUAUGCCACAUUCAAAAGGAGUUGCAAAAUCUCAAACUAUAUAGUCUUGCUUGUUUCUUUUUUUUUUUCCCGGAAAAUACACCGCUACAUUGUUCUUGUUCCUUGGUUUGUGUUGUAGAGAGAAAGAGAAAUCACGAAAUUUUAGUUGCAGUGAGAGUGGUGGUUCUUUAACUGCUUGUUGGUUAAACGAGAAUCUUCGUCGGUGAGUGUUUGAUCAAUGUAUUGGUGCAUAUCAGUUAUCAGAGACUGCUGCCUGCUACAAGAAAGAUGCUUAGGAUAGUGAAACUUGUUCCUGUUUAUAAUAUCUUCGAAGUCCUAUUUGUCUUAUAGAAAAGGGCUGAUGAAGUGUCUUCUUUGGUCCAUUCCGUGUGCUUACUUGCCCUGCAAAAUGGAACUUGGCCAUGAUGCUUCUAGAAAGCUUAGCAAGCUCUCGGACUCAAGACUAGCAAAUCCACUGCUCCAGCUUCUAUGCCCAAGUCCAGGUUUUUUCUACUUCUGGUUCCUUCGACUAUCUACCAUGGGUGUGGAUGAAAAACUUUUGCACCUACACAAUCAAAAUAAAGUUCGGCAUCCCUUGGCUGUAUCUAGACAUGCUUUGUGCGAUCUAUCCAAUGUUUCUCCGGUGGUUUUCCUCUACCUCUUAAAGGAAUGCUAUGUUUAUGGAACAUGCAAGGCGACUGCUAAGUUUCGAGUUCUGCAACAGCAAGCGUAUGGGUUUUUGUACAAUGAUCCUCAACCUGGAGCAGCCAUCUUUGUUGCACAGUGCCUGUAUGUGCUGCCUAUAUUUGAGUCACACUGUGAAGGAUUCAGUCAUUUGAUAAUAUCUGCCCUUCGUCAUUUCCUGAAAGUGGGAAAUGACAUGAAUGGUAUCUACAAAGCUAAGCUUUUGGCUGCCAAAUUAUUUCUUGCCAUUGUUGACGGCACUCUGCAUCAUGAAGAAAGAGUCCUAGUCAAAAUCCUUGAAGUUUUUGAUGUCAGUCUGUCAAACAUAGAAAAAGCUAUGUAUGAUGUAGAUGAGAAGGGUCACACAUGCCAGACGGCUAAGGUAUUGGUUGAACAAUAUAUUUCUAGGUUAGUAGAUUCCCAGUCUUACAUGACUGCAGUUUCAUUGUUGGAACACUUCUCCUUCCGGGAAUCUGGCGAAUCAUUUCUGCUUAAAAUGUUGGAAAGCAAAGAAUACAGAGCAGCAGAAAAGUGGGCAACUUUUAUGGGGAAGCCAAUCUUAUGCACCCUUGUCCGAGAAUACGUCAACAGAAAACUACUAAAGCACGCCUUUGAUGUUAUAAGGCAAAACAAUAUUCGGGAGGAGUUCCCAGAAAUAUAUCGUCAAUACAAAGAAAGUAAACUGAAGAAGCUAGCAGAAAAGGGCUGCUGGGACGUUGCUGAGGCAAGGAUAAAUGAUGAUCGACAACUUCUUGAAUACUUGGUAUAUUUGGCUAUGGAAGCUGGUUACAUGGAGAAGGUCGAGGAACUCUGUGAACGGUAUUCCCUUGAAGGUUUCAUAAAUGUCAAAGAGCUCGAGGAAAGUAUUCCAACACACCGAUAUUUGCAGCUUGAUGAAUUGUCAAUUAAGGAAGUAGUCUGGGUAGAUGAAAUGAAUAGCUUACUGGAUGCAACAUUCGACAUUGAAGAAUGUAAAGUUGUGGGCGUUGACUGUGAGUGGAAGCCUAAUUAUGAAAAGGGAUGCCCACCUAAUAAGGUUUCCAUCAUGCAGAUUGCUUCAGAUAACAAAGUUUAUAUACUUGAUCUCAUUAAGUUAAAUGGAGAUGCUCCGGAUGUACUGGAUGACUGCUUAACCCGCAUAUUGCAUUCUCCAAGAGUACUGAAGCUUGGUUACAACUUCCAGUGUGAUGUGAAGCAGCUUGCUAUAUCUUAUGGGCAGUUACAAUGCUUCAAGCACUAUGACAUGCUACUCGAUAUCCAGAAUGUGUUCAAAGAACCAAGAGGUGGUCUCUCUGGUCUGACAAAGAAAAUAUUGGGUACUGGAUUGAAUAAAACAAGAAGGAAUAGCAACUGGGAGCAACGGCCUUUAACUCAGUUUCAGCUAGAAUAUGCUGCUCUUGAUGCUGCUGUUCUUGUUCACAUAUUUCGUCAUGUUCGCGGCUACACACAACCUACUGGUGACCAGGAUGGGCAUUCCAAAAUUGAGUGGAAGUCACACAUUGCUUCCCACAUUGAUAACUCGAAUUCGAAGAUUUCCAAAAAAGAAGUUAAAAAGCGGAAAGCCAAGGCCAAAACUGAUAAAGCUUCACAAAGCGCCGAGACUAAGGAGCUUACUGAACAAACUUUAAGUUAAAACUAGGGAAAUAAAGUUGUUAUAAUACACCAAAGUUUUAGUCACAUGUAAGCAUUUUUCUUUUGAAAAAGACGCACAUAUUUACAGUUUAAAGCCUUGAACUGUUGCAGGCUUGUGAGUAACAUUGGUUAAAUUAGUUUUGGUUUUUCGGAAUCCUAUUUCAUUUUCUCUCUGAGGCCAAAAUAUAAUUGAAAAGCUUAGAUCCAGUUGAUAAUAUUA